AUGUAAUGCCAAAACGCGGACACGGACAGGUGGGAGCGGGCAGCGGGCAGCGGCUCGCGGGCUCGGCUGCGGAGCGUUUAUGUAACGGUUGCCGGCGGCCGCGGCGGCGCGCGCUCGCGGCAGUGCUCCGCCGACGCCGGGGCACAGCGCGCCAUGGACCGCUCGAGCGGCACCCCGCCGCAAACUCCUCCCGCCGCGCAAUCCGGCUUCGGUGCCUUCUGCAACGCGAUCUCUGAAACUUUCUCGGGCAUGGCUACCACUUCGAGAAGUAGAAGAAAGCAAGAUGAUGAGAAAAAGAAUAAGAAAAAACAGUCACCAAUUGACGACCGACCGUCCGUGCCUUCCCCCAGCGAAGCAAUGCUUCAGAAUCUCCGGACUGCGUUCGGGCUGUUGGACCGGGACAGCGACGGACACAUAACCCCGGCCGAGCUGCAGUUCAUGCUGCGGAACCUUGGCAUUGAGGUCAGCGACGACCUUAUAGCAGACCUUAUCAAAGACGCCAGUAAAACUGGGAGUGUAAUUAUCGAUGAGAAUGAAUUCAUGCAGUGGGUGACGAAGAUUCAAGCACUGCAAGGACUGGAUGUUAGUACGAGUGGAGGUGAUUCAGAGGAAGAAAUUACGAGAGAUUUGCUCGCGGCUUUUAAAGUUUUCGACCGCGACGACAACGGCUACAUAACGCGAGAUGAGCUCCGCACGGCGCUAGAGAUGAUCGGCGAGCCGGUGACGGAUGCCCAACUCAACCAGGUGCUGGCCCUCGGCGACAUCGACCGCGACGGCCGGAUCGACUAUGAAGAAUUUGUGAAGAUGCUGCUGUAACGUACCUCAAACGCGAUGAAAGACCUCACUAGAUGUAAUAAUAGAUACUUAGAUAGUUGAUGAGUGAUGACUUUUGUCUUCAUGUUUUGCAGGCGAUGCGCCAUAAUUUUGUUAUACAUGUAAGUACUUAAUUAUAGUUGUUGUAAUUGGAUGAA